AUGUCGAUGUCUACAUUUCAGAAGGUGACUCUGGUGUGCUGUGUGGUUCUGUGUGUGGCGCUGCUGCUUCCUAAGAUGCUUUUAUCAGGAAACAAGAGAGACUCGAGCAGUCCCGCCGGUCUGUUCCCCCCAAUGCUUCAGAGAAAACCUGUCCCAGGAACCUCUCGAGGAACGGGAGGGAAUAGACCUCAUAACCCCGAGGCCAUCGCCAGGGCGAAGGGCAGCACGGCCGGUGGAGGCAAAUCCAACCUGGCGGGGCAGAUCAUCCCGGUGUACGGAUUCGGCAUCCUCCUCUACAUCCUCUACAUCAUCUUCAAGAUCACGUCUUCAGGUAAAACCACCAAACCUCACGAGAGCAGAUUCCCCACAGUCCGAUCCGAAAACCUGAGGAGAAAAAUCACGGAUUUCGAGCUGACUCAGCUGCAGGAGAGGCUGAUGGAGACGGAGGAGGUGAUGGAGAGGAUCGUAACCAGAGCUCGAGCUCAGAGCACCAGCUCACUGCACAGUGUGGGGGGUGAGGAGGAGGAUCAGGAGGAGAAACUUCUCCUGCGGCUGAGGGAGAUCACACGCGUGAUGCAGGAGGGACGAUUGGUGGAGGGGAUACCCUCAGAGCGCACGCAGGGGUUUUAUCAUCACAGAUGUGCAGAUGAUCCUGAUGAAACCCUGAGAAGCUGCGUUCAUCACUGCUGUAACCUCCACAACGGAGACGCUGAGGGAGACACGGACGAGCGCGGAGGAGAGAGGUGGAUCCACGAACAACCUCACUGCUACCAGAGGAACCAGAACCAGAACCUUCCUGCUGAUGAAACUGUACACGACCACCUCAGUGCUGAAGAACCGUCUGAGGAACCAGCUGAGAUGAUGCCAGAGCUUUCAUGUUACCAGACUGAAGCUGAUGAUGGCUCGUUUUCUGGAGACGGGAUCAGACGCAGGACCAGGAGAGACCCAGAAGGAGGAACCGGACAGUCUGACUGAGGGAUCAUGUGAUGAUGAUGAUGAUGAUGAUGAUGGUCUCUGUUCUUUUGUUCUUUGCAUGCUGGUAAACCAAAGAUCUUCUGUGAUCUUCAGAACGUCCUCACCCAGAAAAUGUUCCUCACUGAACUAAACUGGUCUUCCACUGACUGACCUCAGAUCCUACAGCUGAUCUCCAACAAUCAUCAAACAGCUGAAGGUUCCUCAAAAUCAAACCCUGAAUAUUGAGUUUGAUCCAGUAAGGACUCGGUGGAAAGCCCA